UCGUUCCUCUCCGCCGCCUCACAAGAAUGAUAGAGCCCCCGUCCGGCUAUUUUACCCUUCAGCGGCCCCCAGCCUCAUCGUGGAGGCUCCCUUAGAACCAGCGCCCCAUCCCCACUGGGAGGCAUCAGGAUUUUUUUUCCAGCCCUGCUGCUCUCAGUGGAUAAAAUGAGUUGAAGGCAGGGAUUCUUGAUGAUUCAAGGCUUCUGACUGACUUCCACUUCAUCACAGGGAUUGGCCCAGAAGUUUAAGCUGAAGACUUAUCUUUGCGGUGCAUGGACGGAAAGCCAAUGCGCAGGUGUACCAGUAAUCGAGCAGGCGAAACCGGAAUGGAUGUAACAAGCCGCUGCACUCUUGGAGAUCCCAACAAAUUGCCAGAAGGAGUGCCGCAGCCUGCUCGCAUGCCUUACAUCUCAGACAAGCACCCUCGGCAAACACUGGAGGUCAUCAACCUGUUGAGGAAGCACCGGGAGCUGUGUGAUGUGGUGCUGGUUGUGGGGGCCAAGAAGAUCUAUGCCCACCGGGUGAUCCUAUCUGCCUGCAGCCCCUACUUCCGAGCGAUGUUCACUGGGGAGCUUGCAGAGAGCCGGCAGACUGAGGUGGUGAUAAGAGACAUUGAUGAAAGGGCCAUGGAGCUGCUGAUUGACUUUGCAUACACUUCUCAAAUCACAGUAGAAGAGGGCAACGUCCAGACUUUAUUGCCAGCUGCCUGCCUCCUCCAGCUAGCUGAGAUCCAGGAAGCCUGUUGUGAGUUCCUGAAAAGACAGUUAGAUCCUUCUAAUUGCCUUGGCAUCCGAGCAUUUGCUGAUACCCACUCUUGCCGGGAACUUCUGAGAAUCGCUGACAAAUUCACCCAACAUAACUUUCAAGAGGUGAUGGAAAGUGAGGAGUUCAUGUUGCUUCCAGCCAAUCAGCUCAUUGACAUCAUAUCCAGUGAUGAACUGAAUGUCCGGAGUGAGGAGCAGGUGUUCAGUGCAGUGAUGGCUUGGGUAAAAUACAGCAUUCAAGAGAGGCGGCCCCAACUACCCCAGGUGUUACAACAUGUCCGCUUGCCAUUGCUCAGUCCCAAGUUCCUGGUAGGCACAGUUGGUUCUGAUCCACUCAUUAAAAGUGAUGAAGAAUGUCGGGACCUAGUAGAUGAAGCUAAGAACUAUCUGCUAUUGCCCCAAGAGCGACCACUGAUGCAGGGACCAAGAACUCGACCACGCAAACCCAUCCGCUGUGGAGAAGUCCUCUUUGCAGUGGGCGGCUGGUGCAGCGGGGAUGCAAUUUCCAGUGUUGAGCGCUAUGACCCUCAAACAAACGAGUGGCGAAUGGUGGCUUCCAUGAGCAAACGGCGGUGUGGUGUUGGAGUUAGUGUCUUGGACGAUCUUCUUUAUGCAGUGGGAGGACAUGAUGGUUCUUCCUAUCUUAACAGUGUAGAAAGAUACGACCCAAAGACCAAUCAGUGGAGCAGCGAUGUGGCACCCACCAGCACGUGCAGGACCAGUGUUGGAGUGGCAGUUCUUGGUGGCUACCUUUAUGCUGUGGGUGGCCAGGAUGGUGUCUCCUGCCUCAAUAUUGUUGAAAGGUAUGACCCGAAAGAGAACAAAUGGACCCGAGUGGCUUCUAUGAGUACUAGGCGCCUUGGGGUGGCUGUGGCAGUGCUAGGGGGCUUCCUUUAUGCUGUUGGAGGCUCUGAUGGGACGUCACCUCUGAACACAGUGGAGCGCUACAACCCCCAGGAGAACCGUUGGCACACAAUUGCACCCAUGGGCACCCGACGUAAGCACCUAGGUUGUGCAGUAUAUCAAGAUAUGAUCUAUGCUGUGGGAGGCAGAGAUGAUACUACUGAACUUAGCAGUGCUGAGCGAUACAACCCCAGAACCAACCAGUGGUCUCCUGUGGUAGCCAUGACAUCACGGCGUAGUGGGGUUGGCCUUGCUGUGGUGAAUGGACAGCUAAUGGCUGUGGGAGGUUUUGAUGGCACAACAUACUUGAAGACCAUUGAAGUUUUUGAUCCGGAUGCCAACACAUGGAGACUGUAUGGAGGAAUGAACUAUCGUCGGCUUGGAGGCGGUGUGGGAGUUAUCAAAAUGACACAUUGCGAGUCCCAUAUAUGGUAAAACUCCAAUGGGAGAAAUCCCCCUCUGUGUUCAUUCCUAUUGAAACUGGUUAGCUUGGUGAGUUCUGAGCUCUCUGAGGCUCUAGUAAAACGAGAUCACACUUAUAUUCUUCGCUGGUGCCUCUUCUUAUAGAACUGUAAUGGAUAUUGCAAGCAUACUUCCCCAGUUCAAUUUCGGUUACAGAAGACCACACUAACUCCAGAAAACAAUCUGGAACAGUUUUCCUUGUCUUUGUCUCCUCAUCCCAAUUUUACUCUUUCUGAAGAAACUGGAACCUAAUGGUACUCUAAGCAGUGACCUAAGACCUCAAGGUGUAUUUGGAUACUGUCAAAGAGAGGAGUCCACUGAGUGGUAGAUAAGGCAUUUACCCAGCUGAAAGAACCACGUUUAUCUGAAACAUCAUUUGGCCUUGUUUACAGAGGAAAUGUUCAAAUAGGAUUGUUUUCUGCACCUGCCUCAUUCAAAUGAAUGGGAGUCACAUAGAGCCCAUUCAUUUCAAUAAAGACUGGGCAGCAGAUGUAUUGAUAGAUUUUGCAUAAAAUUUACAGCACUGAUUGCAUUGGACAAACUUUUUCUGUAUGCUGAAAUUUGUUCCAGUUAAUUUGUACCAUAUAUUUUUGAUACCAUGAUAAAAUGUAAUUUUUUUCCAGUUAAAAUUCUGAUUAGUGGCUGCAUUACAUGCAGAUUUCUAGAUGAAGUUGUUUGUGAGCUCUGGUGUAGUUGAGAUAUUUCAGAAAGUACAGAAAUGUCCAAUGUGUUACUGGAAAAACUGCAAAAAGAACAAAGGUUUAAAAUCCAUAGUGUUCUUCAGUUACUGCAACAAGGAAUAGAAAAACAAGAAACAUUGGGCAGAGCCCAACAGGAUGUUCUUCUGCACAAGCCUCGUUGAAUUUAAUUGAACACCAGUACUCUUAUGCUGCCUCUAUUCAGUUCUGUGGGGCUUGUGCAGAGAAAGCUCCUGGUGGAUUGUGUCCUUUGUAUAACUUUCAGGCUUACAAAUGUCAUAUGCUUUGUAUUUCUCGUUGUCGGUAUAGUGGGAGCAUGAACUAGUAUUCUCUAGUACAUACUCACAAAUCUGAGCUGUAAUCUUACAGUUGCUUGGAUUAAAAAAAGGGGGGAAUAUCCUAUCAGAAGCAAUUAAUCUAUUUUAUCUUCGAAUAAUAAUUCGUUCUUCAGAGCACUUGCCUCAGGUGGUAUGCUUUGAAUGGUGUCUAACUUUCUAGAUUUCAAGGCAUAAAGCGGCCUGGUUUAUCAAGGAGUGGUUAGGAUUACAAUAUAAACAUUGUGACUUUUUUUAGACUGCCAUCCUUAAAGCAUAGUUCCAUUCCCUGCAAGGGGAUUUAGCCUUAAAAGCUCAACGGGUUGGUAACUCAAAAUGGCUUCCACUGAAAUUAUGACACUGCUGUAGCUUAAUUAGGGGGUUUAGGG